CAUGUUCAAGUUCAACAACAGCAACCUGGACAUAUGGACAGAAACGUACGGCAUUGGAUUCUACCUCAAUUACCUCUCACGCUGGCCCGAUCUCUGUUGUGUGCAGGAAGCACCAAGCGGUCGCAUGAUGGGAUACGUUCUUGGAAAAGCUGAAGGCAGCGGUACAGAAUGGCAUGGGCACGUCACAGCACUAACCGUCGCACCGGAAUACCGCCGACUCUCGCUCGCUCGCAAGAUGAUGUCCCUACUCGAAAUGGUCUCUGAAGAGAUCUACAAGGGAUUUUUCGUGGAUCUUUACGUCCGAUGCGCGAAUUUGGUGGCCAUCAACAUGUAUGAAGGAAUGGGCUAUAGUGUGUACCGUAGGGUAAGGGAGUAUUACGGAACACUUGGAAUAGGAAAGGGUGGAAGAGAUGAAGAAGACGCCUUCGACAUGCGGAAACCUCUCGUACGAGAUGUCAAUCGUCGUUCUGUCCGGCCAAACGGAAGAGAUAUCAUCGUCAGUGCACACGAUGUUUCAUA